GUGACCACAAAGCAGCACGCCUGAUAGCUCGAAACACCUAUGGACCAUUCGUCACCCCGGCAGUCGCGAGGCAAACAACUCAAGUCCUAUCGCGUCGGAGAAGAAUACUCGUUCCUUGAUGAGGAUGAGGAUGGCUCCGUGCCUUCUGGCACGCAGACCCCAGCCUUCCAGGGCGAUGACGAUGACGACGACGAUGGCGACGCCUUCAUGCCAGAUGCCCAGGAUGGUGAACUUGAGUAUGACGAAGAUGAAGAGGUAGCGGAAGAGGAUGAAGAUGUAUCGGAGGAAGAGGAAGACGACGAUUCCGAUGAGGAUUCUACGGGGCCUCCAAGACGCAACGCGCGUGGACCGAAGGCUGUUCGCGCUGUGCCAACCACCCCGGCAGUCCGACGCGCUAAGAAACUCACAGACAACAUUCCCUCACCCGUAACGUUCGCUAAAGGCAGUGGUGUUAAGGUACGUCCUGUGGAUGCCGACGCCCAGUUGCGGACGCGUGGUAUCCCCGACUUCGAUAAGAUUGGUGGUCAUGAGCCACGAUUAAAAAAUCUAUUCGGUCCAGAUGCAGCGCAUCUCAAGCCCGUCCUGGCCUCACGCGACUACUGGUUUCCACAGGAAACAUUCCCCAUUCGAAGUUUCGCCAAGGUCAGUUCCGACGACGCUGAUGUCGGCAGCUUAAGAAGAAGCUUCUUCGAAGUUAGCGGUGCUAGGGAAAAGGAGAGUGAAGCAUUGAGGACAUGGUAUGCCGAUACUGGAAAGUCCGCUUUUGCAAGAGCCCAAAGAACGAAAACAUUGACCAAGGAUGAGGCCAAAGAGUACAUGAUGACACCAGGGCUGGAGACUGUGAACGUGCUAGCUGGACCCGUGAACACGCCCCAAGUCAACACAUUGGCGAAAGGUUCGUACAUGAACAUUGCGAAACCAUUCCCAGCAAGUCAAGAUAGACGCGGUUGGCUCUUCAAUUUCGGCUCAUGGAUACAGGAUGCUCAAUGGGCGAGCAAUGAAGACAGCAAUACCCAAUAUCUCGCUGUUGCUGUUGAGCAGAGACUGACGAGCGAGGACCAGCCCAAGCCAAUGGAGCAGCCAAAAGCACCUGCCUUCAACCCUACUCAGCCGUUUCCUGCGUGUAUUCAGAUAUGGGCGUUCCAAGCCGAAGACGAAGGCUUCUUGAAUGCAAAGACAGAGCCUAGACUUGAGCUUGUUAUCUGCGCUGACUGGGGCGCGCCGAAACAACUAAGAUGGUGCCCGAUCGCAGCGACAGACGACAAUCGAAAUUCGGAUGGUCGGAGAAACACACACAUAGGCAUACUCGCCUGCCUUUGGUCGGAUGGACGAGUGCGUGUAUUAGAUGUAUCCGCUCCGGUUUCUGAGCCUGACCUACACGCCCCUACUUAUCUUCACGUUACGCACGCAGCGUUUGAAGUCUCAUUUCCUCAAACAGUACCUUCCUGUUUACACUGGUUGUCGGGGACUACGCUCGCAGUUGCGACAGCGGCAGGUACUGUCGGUAUCUGGUCCUUGACCCAUCCAGGAACGCUCGCAGCGUCCGAGGCCAACAAUUACAGUCCAAGACCUUGGUUUUAUCAGCAAGUAGCCGACACAUACAUUCUCACGAUAUCAUCCGGAUGGCCAUCUAAUCCUCAGUUUCUGUCUAUAAGUACCGCAGAUGGAUUUGCGCGCCUCAUUGACAUAAGAAGUCCGACUGCUGAUACUGUUGUUUCAAUACGCGGUCGCACACUAUGUCUAGCGCAAGCCUGGCAUGAGCAUACACAGUCUUUUGUCAUGCCAGACGAACACUAUAUCCUAAGACACACACCCAUACGUCGCUACUACCACAACUUGUACAGCAUGCGACUAGAAAAUAGUAUCACUAGAGUCGCGACAAGCCCGGUACACCCCGGUGUACUUGUCGGUGGAACCGAUGGAGAUGUUCAAACAAGCAACCCGAUCAUGCGUAUCACAAACUACAAAAUCAUGCCAUGGCAGCAGAAAUGGUUCGUACACGAAUGGAGAGGACCGAUGGAGCGGAUGCUAGUCAAGCCGACUGAUGCAGAUGUUGUGGCGGCCGAAGGAGGGCCAGUUGAGCAGUCGAACAAUGACGCCACAUCAGAACCGCAAGUGGGGGCGUCUGCUGAUGAGGCCAAGAAGGUACCCCAAGAAAUACUUUCCCAACCUCUCGUCCGCAUCACCGAGGGUUACAAAGCAGGUCAAACAGGCAUUGCGCACACCAGUGCAGCUACCAAGAGAGGAAACCCAGAAGUUGGAAGGUCCAUCAGUAUCUUCGAAGAGCAAACUGCUAUUACAGCACUCGCUUGGAAUCCAAAUUUGAAGUUCGGUACAUGGGCUGUCGCGGGCAUGGGAUCUGGGCUUUUGCGCGUGGAGGAUGUUGGUAUUUGAAGAGCAAGAAGAGGGUGUGAUAAGAGAAACCCAAAGGGUAAAACUACAUAUAUAAUUCAUGAUUCUAUUGGCU